UCAACGCUGGAAAUAAAUUUACUUCCAUUUUUUAUCGUUUUUUUAACUCGAUUUGCUGCAGUAUUUCUUUGAAACUCCAAGUGUUGAAUACGCCCGCCGUGUAAAUAAUAGCAUUAUACAAUCUACUGCAUAGUGAUUAUUUUGACUGCGUCCAUAUUCUGUUUAACAAAUGUUCUUUUCAAUGUUUGGUCGGACUGUCAGAAAUUUCGGACAAAUAAUUUAAAAUAUACCGUAUAUUUAGGAUACAAUGUAACCAGUGUUUUCGAACAGAAUAUUUUAUUUAAAGCCGAGCUUAUUCAUUAUUGCGUUCCAUGUAAUGAUUUGUAAUAAUGCUGUAUGUGUAGAUGUUCUAAAGAACUUUUUAGGAAGUCCUUGAUCUUCGGGUGUUUUAUGUAAAUGUCAAUUGUUACUGCCAGAGCCUAGCUGCUGUGCUAAACAUUGCCGUAUUUAGAUCCAAGCUCAAUAUAUAGAAGCAGAACACUCUUUGAUAUAGUUCACAGAGUGGUUCAGGAAAUCAAAACAAUGUCAAAUUGAUGAAUAAUUAAGUUUCCCUGAACACCCAUUAUUGUGGCUUUCUGCUAAAACAUUGUUUUUUUAAAGGCCUUUGCUUAAAAUAAAGUGCAUCUAGACUGUCAAACAAAAUAUUAAUUAAAAAGUUUUAAUCAUGAUUGCUGCUUUUUGGGUAUCUUGUCUGUUCUUUAAUGAUUAAGUUAAUGUAUGGCAGUAGCUUUGGAGUUGUCGUCUUCGAAUAAUUUUACCUUGCCUUAACUCAAUACCUGUAUUGCAGUCUUGUUUAGAUGUCAAUUUUCAAGCAGCUGCAUGUACUGUGCUUUUAAUAUUGUAUGUUUUAUCUUCAAACAAUUGCUAAGUAUUGGCAAACAUGAAAUGUAUGAGUGGUUAUCAUUUUGUUUGGUAACUUUUUCAUUAUAUUUCAGGUUUCAUUCUAUUUAGUCCACUUGCUGUGAUAUAUUCCCCUGCAAAGACACUAAAGGUAAGGAAGACUUCCGAUUCUUCAAAUUUCUCAGAGACUGACCUUGCGUGUCGGAUAGGUUUAGAAUGGCCUGAUUCAAAUGAAUGAUUUCUUCAUAUUCCUUCUAUUCUUGUAUACUCGGCUGUAAUGUUUAUAAAUAAUCACUAUUGACAUGUGAAUUGCAAAAAAAGAAUUGUGUCCAAUGCUGAUAACUAGAAGAAGAGGAACUUGUUAACAUGUUUCAGUGUUUUUUUUAGGCCUGAUUUGGGGUUGAAAUUCGGCCCCAUUCCCCUCUCCAAAAAGUAUAUAUUUUUCCCCUAUUUCAGUAAAAAAAUUCCCCUCCCGACGAUGUCAAAAUCGUCCUCUAAAAUAACUUUGCCGAUCGUAAUUACGGCACUUUUCAAUACGGUAAACGCAGUUUGGCGCCGCAUUUUACUCGUAGUGAUCAUACGUGCUAGUCUCCCUUGAUUGAUCGGUAUCGUUCAAGCGCUCGGAAAAUUAAUUAUAUUAAUUCACUUUCACUUUGAUCUUGUUAUGUAUAUGCAUAUGAUCAAUUUAUUAAAGAGGAAGGCAAAGCUUUAAUGAUUUUUGCAUUUAUACAUUUUCCCCUUUUUGCCCUUUUACGACGCGAUUUUCCCCUCCUGACGGGCCCUGGCCCCAUUCCCCUAAAAGUGAAAAAAAAACACUGUGUUUCCAAAGAUUACUAUAGUAGCUGCACUCUCACAGAUUGCAAAUUUUGACGAUUGCUUGUUUUGAUAACUUUUUUUUAUUUUUUGCCUUUGAAUGAGCCAAUUUUUAUGUAGAUGUCUGGAAACCAGUGCUAUAAGAAGGCUGACUAAGAUUAGAUUACAGUUCUUCAUAUUCAUGGUUAAAAUGAUGUAUUGCUGCUAAAAGUGUUACUUACAUUUUAAGAAUAUUGAAGUUUACUCUGUUUUUUCGAAAAAUUUAGAUUGUGAGUUUUCUUGUAUUCUGAAUUGAGGCAAUAAUGCCAACAUCAGCUGAUUCUGAGAUAUAAACUUAAAAAAUGUCAAUCUGUGGGAGUGCAGCUUUAUGCAUACCUAUUUGUAGUAAGACCCACAACUCUUGCUGACUUAGCUUUAGUUGGAUGGAGGUUGAUGCUCUUGUUUUGUGGGGGCAGGGGGUUGUGGUGAUCUUAAAUGAUGGUUUGGAAGUGAAAUUAAACAUGUUUAAUACAGCCGAGUAUACAGUUGAGGGUCCAGUGUUGACAUUCUUUGUAUUGGUCAUACUACCGGUCCGACAGCAAGGUCCCGAGAGCGAAGACGUCAGCCCUAGCUGAACAAGAGACAGGUACAAGCUGCCAGUAACUCACUUGAGCCAACUUGGUGACGAAGAAUAUCUCUCCUUCAAUUUUGGUGAAAAUGAUCUCAUUUUUCACUCGACACCAAGGAGGAACAAUGUUACUGCGCAGUGGAUCGCUGUGUUUAAUAGUGUGAUCAUGGUUUACUUUUCUACUGCUUAAUAUUAAUGGGUUUGUGUGGUCUAGUGGUAUUGGUUUCCGCCUCUGAUCAAAGUGGUUGUGGGUUUGAUCCCCACCAGUCCUCAGAGAUACUUAAUCAAGACUUCUAACUGAAAAAUGCUGAAAAAAGUGGAUACCAUUAUUGGUUUAUUCCCAAGAAACAAAGUUUAAUAGUUUUCAAAGGAGCAUAGGUGGCUAUAAUUGAAGCAUAUACUUUCUGAAUCCUUUUACCAAAGGGUUUGUGGGUAACAUCAGUCAGAGGGAUACUUUUUCAUGACUACUUUGAAGUAGCAUCCAUUGAAAUAUUGACCAAGGUUCCUACAUAUACAGAUAAAAAUUGGUAGCUUUUAACUUUUAACAGUGUCAAAAACUUAGUCUUACUGAAAUUUAGCUUGAAAAGGAAGUGUAAUUUGCUUCAUAGACUAUUUACAUGUAUGCAGAAUUGUUUUUUCUGUUGAUAUAACCUUUAGUAUUUUUUUAUCAUAGGGUUACUUGUAUUUAGUAUGAAAGUUGUGAUAGAAAUCAUGUUCAUUGUAAUUUGAGAUUGAUUGUGGUAUGAGAUCGAUUGACUUAUGAGAUUGAUAUGGAUGUGAGAUUAAUUGAGAUAUGAGAUCGAUUCAGAUAUGAGAUUGAUAUGGAUGUGAGAUUAAUUGAGAUAUGAGAUCGAUUCAGAUAUGAGAUUUAUAUGGAUGUGAGAUCAAUUGAGAUAUGAGAUCGAUUCAGAUAUGAGAUCACAUGAGAUUGGUUGAGAUAUGAGAUAGAUUGAGAUAUGAGAUCGAUUGAGAUAUGAGAUCAAUUGGGAUCAAUUGAGAUAUUAUGUCGAUUGGGAUUUAAGAUCAAUUGAGAUUUGAGAACGAUUUAGAUCAAUUGAGAUAUGAUGUUGAUUUGGGUCGAUUGAGAUCAAUUGAGAUAUGAUGUCGAUAGGGAUAUGAGAUCUUUUGAGAUUUGAGAUGGCCUAAGACAUGAGAUCGAUUGACUGAAAUGCAUUCUACCAACUACUUGUUGUUUUACCAGUAUCUUGGAGAAGGAGUCUAUGAUUGCAGAAUUGAGUUUCAUGUAUUAAAUAUAUGAAUAUAAUAAUGAUGCUGCAAUAUUUGACGAGCGAACAAUACAAGGGUGCAAAUGUCAGGUUUUCCCCAACCCAUGAAGAGGCCUUACCCAGGAGACUGGGGUGCACCGCCAAGGCCCCCAAAGGACCCCAGGGCUCCAGAUUCAGGCUACCCCCCAGCUUAUCCCCCACAAGCAGGAGCAUGGGGCAGCGCAGCUGGUGGUUAUGGAGGAGGUGGUUACCCAGGAUCGUAUGGAGGGUAUGAUUAUGGCCAGAAAGAGUAUAGUCAGAAUUGGUCAGGUUAUGCGAAACAAGAGCCACCGCAGCCUGCCCCUGUUGCUGGCCCCCCUAGAGAUGAGUCGUUUGACUUUACUGAUGACUAUGCUGCCUUUUACGGUAAAGGCACUGGUGAUAGAGGUCGCGGAGGCGGGAGGGGUCGAGGGCGAGGCAGGGGGCAGAGAGGAGGGCCCCGAGGAGGGGGCUCAACCAAUAACACGGUGAUACAGACCAUAUCCGCAACAGCUCAUGGAUCCAACCGGGGGACAGGCGGUGCCAUGCAGCGGGGUGGGGCACAGUCAAGGGGCGGGCCCCAGGGAAGAGGACGUGGGCGAGGCCAGGAUCAGCGUGGUCGUGGAGGCAACAAUCGGGGACGAGGGGCACAGAGAGGCAUGCCCCCAAACCACUUUGGGCGGGGUAGGGGAGGUAACCAGCGUGGCGGGUUCCUGCCCCCGGUUCACUCACUUGCCAAGGCCCAGCCCAACCUGCCUGACCUAUCCAGCAUGUCAAUGGCGGAAAAGUUGCACCGGUUUUGCCUUUUCCUGCGUAAUGAUGACUCGAUCAAGCAGAACGCCAUCCAGACCAUAAUGAAUGGCAUUACCAGUUCCAAACUUGGGCUUAGGGCUGACUACCAGGCAGAAGAAUUGACACGUGUGGCAGGAAAGGCAAUGUACACUGGCGUGCUUCGCCUCAACGACAUCUUCCUGGCCCGGGCCAUCAGACCAAACAAGAAGGAGCUGAAACAAGAGGUCUUCCAGAAAGGCCUCAAUGUGAUGUUGUCCAUGACCGUGGCAGAGAUAUACAACAUGGUCGACCCAGGGGCUGAUGCUAUAAGGGUCUUCCAGAAAGGCCUAAAUGUGAUGUUGUCCAUGACCGUGGCAGAGAUAUACAACAUGGUCGACCCAGGGGCUGAUGCUAUAAGGGACGAGUUGGAUCGACAAAUUAAGGAAGACGAGAAAAAUCCAAACAACGCGGCGGCAAAGUCGCUGAUUGGUGUAGACGUGACCUCGACCCUCUCAAGCCUUAUUCAAGCCAUACAUAACAUGAAGAAUAUCCCAGACAACCCCAUAUCCUACAUAGAACAGGCCGCCACCCAGGCCCACUGCCUUAUCAAGCACCAAUAUUCCAGUGAAAUGAUCAAACUACAGAACGGCCGCACUUACUACAAGGGGGCCCUAAACUUUGGCAACAUUGUUAUAGGUAGAGGCACAGGACUCACAAAGAAGGCGUGUAAACACGACACGUAUGAGCAGACACUGGAACGCCUGAAAACCAAGACGAUGGCACAGCUGUCAGAGUCGGCACCGGAAAUCAAAAUCGAGGAGGAUGAGGCGAUGUUCCCUGCAGUUGGGUCGGGGAAGGAUAAACUGACAAACAUGUCACUGGAACAACGUUUCCAUAACCUCCUUACUGCAUUGCUGGGGAGUUCUGGUUUCCGAGGGCCAACCAACAACGUACAGAGCACGAUCGACGUCCAGGCCCUGCAGAAUGGGCUCGUACCAAUGUUGAUCUUCAGGCAUGAGGACGAAAACAACAAGGACACUAACAGAAACACCAUUAUAGAGCUGUACAUUGAGAAAAUACUCAUAUCAUCUAGCUGUUUUAGCGAAUCUGAGACCCAAAAGAAGAAAGAGUGCUUGACUCAGCUGUACACAAUGGCCCACGAGGUACUUACUACCGUUCCUGCGGAGCAGAUUCUCACCCAGCACCGUCGCAUCCCGGACUCAGAGAUUAAGACUGGGCACUUCAUCGACAUCAUCAUCAAGGGAUCAGGUAGAACAGUGGAAUCAAACGGGCAGGCGUUGAAGCGGUUUGGAUUUGCCCCAGAGGAGUUGGAGGGGCGUAGCCUAGACGAACUGGUCAUCAUCGAGCACAGCGAUUGGUCGCGGGACCGUGUCCGAAACGCUUUCUCCAUCCUUCAGCUUUCCUGCACGCAGAAUGGUCUUCUCAUGCAGUGGGAGUGUGAUUGUGUGAAGAAUUACUUCAGGUGUGUGAUCAGCAUCCAGAAGCGGGUGGUCGGGGAGAGUUACGGCUCUAACAAGAAUCAUGCGCGCAAUCUUGCUGCCACGGAUGCCCUCUUCAAGCUUUAUGAAACACAGGAAGUGGUUAAUAUGGCGUCUCGCCUAGAAGACCACAAAAAGUGGAUCACGUGGAAAGAGAUUCAAGAGGAGGCGGAAAAACUACGGACAGCGGGUAUCGGUGACGAGCCGAUCAUGAAAAACGACGAGCAGGGCAAUCCACUACCUGACGCCUUUGUCAUGAAGGUUCUGAAGGACCAUUUAUCUCGGCUGACUGGAGGAGAGGUCCGUGAGGUGCUGUUCGGGCCAGGCAUAGGUGUCACAGAGACAAGGGAAAUAAGGUAUUUUGCACGGAUGCAGAAGCUGAAGUCCGAUGUUCGCCAGUACCAAGGUGAGCCCUAUCUCCUCUUCUACGAGAAGCUGGAGUGGCCACGCACCGUCGAAAUUCUCAAGUCUGAAGAGGGUCCGUAUGGAAAGUUUGUGCUGGUCGACAGGUCAACGUUGCCUAACCAUGCUACCAUUGAGAAAAACCUCGUUAAGGAAAUUCCGCAUAUUGGCGAAGAGUUGCUAGACGCUGCAAUCGAAAAGGCUGAACAAACACCAAAAGUUGAGCAGGCUCCAAAGGUCGAGCCUACUACUCCAACGAAAGCCUAAAAUGUACAAUGAACCAAGUUUUAUAUAGUGUUAAACUUUUAGUUUUUCUGUAGCAGAAAGGCUGAGCCCUAACCAGCUCAACAAACAAUAGAGCAUGCAUUAUCAUAUGUUAUGGUCUCAAUUUUUUCCAUAAUUUUUCCGAAAUGACCUCGACAACUUUGUUUCCUUUUUGUUGAAGAUACAUCACGUGUUUUUACAAGGACAUCUGUUGGGUUUUUUUAACUACUAGUUUACCAGAAUCGGCUGCCAGCUAAAUGAAUGUUUUGAAUGGCAAUUAGGCCGAUUCAGAUUUGAAAAAAAAAAAGUGAAUAUUAAGUAGAAUAAGUAGGAGCUGGUCAGUUACUUAACUAUUUGAGACGGUUCAACUGAAAUUUAUUGAGAACCCUGCUAGUCAAGGUCAUUACCCUGACUUCAUGUGACUAUCAGUGAAUGUUCAGAUAAACAAUUAUGUAUUUUUGUGAUUUAUGGGCCUGCGUCGUAUUUCAAACAUAAACCUUUCGGUAAUGAUUUUAUAAGCUAGAGUAAAAUAAUGAUUUUACAAGUGUUUUCAGGUGCAUAACUGGGGAAACUAAUUUAUGGACCUUAAAAUAUGUUGCCCAAGGAUAUAAUCAGAUGUCAUAUUUGCUGCUUAUGUCAGAUUAACUAGAAGAUCUACUGGUAAUUCCAUUCAUGUGAACGUGUCGAAUGCAUGACAUCUGGAUAAAUGGAUUUUUAUCAAAUUAAUUAGUGUUGUGAGAAAAACUUGUGUUUUUAUGUAAAAUGAAGAAUGAAUUAGUUUGCAAAGUUCAUUAGAGCUGAAAAAUUACAGAAGUUUUAUGUUUUAGAUGAUUAAGUUUUUGUUUUUGGGAGGCUCUUUUCUCACUGUAUCAUGUAAUAAAUGAAGUAGUAUAAAUAAAGUAAAACCAGGAUUUUGUUGAAGUCAUUUGUACCAUUUUUCAUUUAUUGAUGUUCACCAAUUUUCUUUUUUGAAUAAAGUGAUAGAAACUA